AUGAUAUAUAUCAUAACUCGUGCAUCCAUUUCAAAUGCAUAUCCCAUUUUUGCACAGAAGGGCUAUGAAAAUCCACGAGAAGCGACUGGACGUAUUGUAUGCGCCAAUUGCCAUUUAGCUAAUAAACCAGUGGAUAUUGAGGUUCCGCAAACGGUACUUCCCGAUAUUGUAUUUGAAGCAGUUGUUCGAAUUCUUUAUGAUAUGCAACUGAAACAAGUUCUUGCUAAUGGUAAAAAAGGGGCUUUAAAUGUGGGGGCUGUUCUUAUUUUACCAGAGGGUUUUGAAUUAGCCCCUCCCGAUCGUAUUUCCCCCGAGAUAAAAGAAAAGAUGGGCAAUCUGUCUUUUCAGAGCUAUCGCCCAAAUCAAAAAAAUAUUCUUGUCAUAGGCCCUGUUCCUGGUCAGAAAUAUAGUGAAAUCACGUUUCCUAUUCUUUCCCCGGACCCCGCUACUAAGAAAGACAUUCACUUCUUAAAAUAUCCUAUAUACGUAGGCGGAAACAGGGGAAGGGGCCAGAUUUAUCCUGACGGGAGCAAGAGUAACAAUACAGUUUAUAAUGCUACAGCAUCCGGUAUAGUAAGCAAAAUCUCCGGUAUGAAAUGA